CUCUGGGAGCUGAUCAGAAGCCGGAGCAGGCACCCGUCAGCCACCUAGCUGUGUCAAGGGUUUCUGAGCAGCCCGUGCAGAACUACAUUUCCCAGAGCUCCCUCGGGGGGAAGAGCAACUCAGUAAGACAGCUGCUCCUCUGUUUGCUGUAGGAGCAGUGCUUCAAACUGAGGUCAGCGGGGGACUUUCGGAGUGGUUUCCUGCUGCUGGAGGUAGCACACCUUCUGCACAGAGCGCAGCAGAGACAGCUGCCUGUGGGCAUUGGUCAUGGCUGCGAUUUAUCAAGCAGUGUACAGAAGAGCUUCCUCUCUCUUCUGCAGGUUUCAUUCUACCUACGUUAAAAAAAUGAGAUACUUAAAUGAGCUAAAGGAAGAUGAUGGCUUUUGUAGACAAGCCCAGACCUCAGGAACUUUCUACCUCUUUCACAAUCUCUCACCCUUCUUGCAGAAGGUUGGGAAGAAAUAUUUGCUACCACAGCUCAGUGCGGCAGAGAUGAAAAGGAUCCUCGAGAAAUUGAAAGAGACUGAACAAUGGAUAGAAAAGUCAGUGCUGAUCGGCUGUUCAGACGAGCAUGUACCACACUUUGCCCUGGAUUUAGCAGGAGCCUUGGAAAAAUCAGUCAUUGAGUCUGAACUUCAGGGAUCGUUCACUGACUUACGAAAGGCUCUCUUUGUAGUGGAUGUGAAGGAUUCUCCUUUGCUGGCCUCGGCCCAGGCCCUUCUCCGGUGGCACGAGUCCCACCAGUACUGUAGCAAAACUGGGCAGCCCACUCAGAAAAACAUAGCUGGCAGCAAGCGAGUCUGCCAUGCCAGUGGAAUAACUUACUAUCCACAGAUGUCUCCAGUGGUUAUCACCCUGGUGUCUGAUGGCAGCCGGUGCCUCCUUACACGACAGCCCUCGUUCCCUCAGGGGAUGUACACCGCUCUGUCAGGCUUCUGUGACCUGGGUGAAAGUGUGGAGGAGGCACUGCGGCGAGAGGUGGCCGAAGAGGUGGGCCUGGAGGUGCAGUCCUUCCGGUACUCGGCCUCCCAGCACUGGCCCUUUCCCAGCAGCUGCUUAAUGAUAGCCUGUCAUGCGUUGGUGGGGGGAAAGCAGACUGAGAUCAGUAUGAACAGCCUGGAACUGGAAGAAGCCCGUUGGUUUGGCCUGGAGGAAGUCUUGGAGGGGCUCAAGAGAGAUCACACAUCUUCAAAGCAAGACGACGGUAGUUUUUUACCCUGGUUUCCUCCCAAGCAGGCCAUUGCUCACAAGCUGAUCAAUGAGUGGGUUAAACAGCAGACCUCCCGGCCGACCUAGGUGUAAAGACUUCAAGUCUGCGACUCUGCCAGAAUUAUAAAAGCUUUAUGUAAAAGCUUCCAAAGCUACUGAAGACAGAGUGUCUUACGGUGGGGGUAGCACCAGACUGAUGGCAGUCUUACACUUGGAUACACAGACGUACAAAGCCAUUUCUAAACUGAUCGUCUCCGGGCAACUCCUUGUACGCUGGACCUUGGAGAUCCCAUGACUUGCAGUAAAUAUGCAAUAAAAUUCUCAGUCCCAAAG